CAAGCCAGCAAAGCCUCGAUAACACCAGCUACUUGCGAGUUCCAAUAUAUCAGCCCAAAAUCGAUUGUCUUUCCAUAUAAACCUCGAACGAACCAACAUCUUCAUCGAUACUGUGAGAGGUAUCGAGCUUUGAUCAAAGAGGAAGAAAAACAACCGCCCACAAUUCCGUUCGUGCAGGAAAUCUUCUUCCUCCUCUCCUCCUCCCGACCUCCAUAACGACCCUUCAGAAGGGAAUACAUACAAAUCACCGCAUUGCUGCUGGCUCAAGCCAGCCUCCAAUUCUCCCACAGAUUAGUGGGCCUUCUCUUCUCAGGCGGACACCGCAUUGUUCGUCUGGGUGGCAGAUAGUGCUUCACUGAAUCUUCGGAUCAGUGUCUCCUGACCUUCCUGCCUUAUAUUCAAUAACAAGAGGACUCUGUCCAUAUCCUCGACAAGGAUAUGGUACAUAUUGGGAUUCCCCAAAACUAUACUACUUCACCAUCGAGUUUGAGUCAUACGCCUUCAGUGACUAUCAAUCAUGAAGUCGCAGUGGACUUGGACUCGAGCAAUGCAUUUGAAGGUCCCGAAAAACUACUAGAAGUAUGGUUUAGUCCAUCUCCCCAUGCCUUGCAUGGCUGCACCGAGCCAACCGGUCUAAAGGCCGUGCCCGCCGAAAUCUGGAUUCAAAUGCUUGACUUGGUCAACUGCAAGGUCUUGUCCAUUGUCGAGUCCGAGGAUGUCGAUGCCUACCUGCUCUCGGAGUCGAGCAUGUUUGUCUUCCCCCACAAGCUCAUCUUGAAGACAUGCGGCACCACCACUUUGCUCUGUGGUCUACCACGAAUCCUCGAGAUUGCCACCUUGUUUGGAGGCUUCCAACGUUCUACUGCUCCGCCAUCUCGUGGCAUCGUGGUCGCAGCACCUCCUUAUCGCGUCUUCUACAGUCGCAAGAACUACUUGUUCCCGGACCGACAGCGGGGACCACAUCGCAGCUGGCGUGACGAGGUGCAUGCUCUGGACAAGCUUUUCGUUGGUGGCAGUGCUUACAUGAUUGGCAAGAUGAAUGGCGAGCAUUGGUAUCUCUACCUGACGGAGCCAUAUACCAUGUUGACACCACCAGCCAGCCCACAUAGCCCGGACAGUCCAGGCACCGAAACCAAAAUGCUGGACUUACCGACUUCUCUGGUGGUCGACCGUGGCUCUAAGGUGUGCGAAGGUGAAGACGAGACUCUUGAGAUCCUCAUGACUGAUUUGGACGAGGAGAAUGCUAAGCAAUUCUACCUUGACCAUGCGAGUGCGGUCGCAGAGGAUCAGUGGAGGGGAUCUCAGAGAGGAGAAGAUGAUCACGUUGAUGUGUUCAGCAAUGCUUCAUCGGACGGUGAUAUCUCUGUGAAAGAGGAAGUCUAUCCUACAGAACUCACCACUGAAGGGCAUGCACUUGGUACUGUGGUCUCCGACACGUGCGGCUUGUCUGACGUCUAUCCGCGUGAAAAGUAUCCGGAUGCUCGUGUGGAUGCCUACCUCUUUACGCCUUGUGGGUUCUCGGCCAACGGUGUGAUUCCUGCACCUCAUGGUGAGAAGGGCACUCAUUACUUCACGGUGCAUGUGACUCCGGAGCCGAUCUGCUCUUAUGCCUCCUUCGAGACUAAUGUUCCCGUCGGUCAAAACGGAAGAGAGACCAUCGAAGUCAUUCAGCAUGUCGUGGACAUUUUCAAGCCCGGUCGAUUCAGCGUUACUCUCUUUGAGGCCAAGACCGAUUUCGAAGAGCGUGCUCAUGCCGACCACGACGAAUUGGCACAGAUCAAGGCGUUGGAGCGGAAGGUAGCUCGUCGCAAUGCCAAGAUGGACAAUAUCAAUGGCUAUCGUCGGAUCGAUCGUAUCGUCCAUGAUCUUGAUGGCUACGACUUGGUUUUCCGCCACUACGAACGAUAUGACUGGAAGGGAGGCGCACCACGCAUUGGUGAGAGAGGCUACUAGAGUAUGCUGGGUGGGGAAUCUGGGUUGAGGUGUGGAUGCAGGUUAUCUUGGCAUGUUGACGAGGUGAGCAUGGAGGUUGUUCAUGCCUUUGCUGUUGCUCUUGUUGUGAUUUAUGCAAUGCUUCCACUCCUUUGAAGUCCACGAAACAGGUCAGUGAGAGAAUAGAAUGUCUUUCAGCAGUGUCGCCUUUUCUCAUGUGUUAUGCAACUCGUCAUAAGAAUUUGCAGGCAGCCGAGUGUGGACUGUCAUAUUUUGAAUUGAACCACAGAAAGAAGCCAGCAC